UCUAAUCAUUGUGCCGUCAUCUAAUACUUACUAUGCUUAAGCUUUUAUUAAAUCUUGUGCAACACGUGCUGUUUUAAUUACGUCGCUUUGCAUUUGCUCGCGAGUGUACAUUUAAACCUUAGUCUGAGUGCAACAACGUGAGAAAACAGAGCACUUGCCUAAUAAGUAUAUACUUACCCCGUGGUCGCGUUUUUAUUCAUUUAUUUAUUAAUUUAUUUAUUUUUUUUUCUACUAUCAGACCCUGCAAAAUACGGUCGGUGGGUUUUUUUCGUACUUUUGAACAUAAGGCGUUAUUGAUAAUCGAGAUCUGGGAGGAAGUGGGUGUCAGCUGGCUCUAAUCGCAAAGAUAAACAGUGAACAAUUUUUCAAGUAUAUCCUUUUGAUUCUAUUGUAAAGAGUAAGCACCAAAAUGCAUUGCGAAUCACAAAGAUUAGAUACAUUCAGAGAGUGGCCAGCAAAUGCAGCUGUAAGCGCAGGUCGAAUUGCCAAAGCUGGCUUCUUUUACACAGGACAGAGCCAAGUUGUGCAAUGCUUUUUAUGUGGCACUACGGUAUCGGAGUGGAAUUAUGGAGAUCAAGUCAUGUCCAUACACAGACAAGCAAAUCCAGAGUGUCCAUUUGUGCUGGAUCCCACUUCCACGUGUAAUGUGCCUAUAAUUACUCUAGCUAAUGGUUCUGUUAUAUCGAGCUUGGAGAAUGGUGGUGCUAGUGACAAUGAUGAUGGGCAAACGUUUUUACUGGAGAAAGAAAGUCCAGAAGUUAUACAAAGUUUUAAGAAUUACUCCAAAAGAUUGAGUACAUUUAGCAACUGGCCCAAGCCUGACAUUGUCAAACCAGAAAAUUUGGCUAAGGCUGGAUUUUAUUAUCUCCAGAAAGAUGAUAUGGUUGCAUGUGUAUACUGCAAGGGCGUCGUAUUAAAAUGGGAACCAGGUGACGAACCUGAUCGAGAACACAGAUUGCAUUUUCCCUAUUGUGACUUUUACAUGCAAAUUCCCAUGGAAGAUGAUAUGUCGGUAGGAAAAUUGGUUUUGGGCAAUGUCAAGUUGAUGCCUGGCACAACCUCCAAUUUUACUGAAUUGGGUAUUCAGCAGCAUUUGGCUGCAAAACAGUCCAAGUAUGCAACGUACGAGAAUAGACUGCGCACUUUCCAGGGAUGGCCGAGUAACUUGCGACAAACACCAGAAAUGUUAGCAGAUGCUGGAUUUUAUUACGUCGGGUCAGAGGACCAAGUUAGAUGUUUUCACUGCGAUGGAGGAUUGAGAAAUUGGGAGGAGACCGACGAUGCCUGGAUAGAACACGCCAAGUGGUUUCCCAGGUGUGGCUAUGUCGCGCUAGUCAAAGGUCCAGAUUUUGUAAAACAGUGUGUGGACAACAGACCCCCGGUGGACCCAGCGAUACUGUCAAGCGUGCCAGACGACGGCGCCGACAACUCAACGCCACCAGUAUCCCCUGCAACCACGCCGUCAACGCAAACGAGUCCACCUAGACGAGUCACAGAUGCCGAACUGGAGAGAUUACUUGGCACAGCGCCAGCUAUGGCUGCCCUCGAAAUUGGCUUGCACGUUGGUCGAGUUAAGAUGGCAUUGAAAAGGCGCAUGGAACAAACGGGUCUACCGUAUGCUACCGCCGAUCAGCUGAUAGGAGAUGCAACUGAUGUACAACUAGGAGAGGAAGAUAAUAUACUAAAUAGAAGGAUCUCUGAACCUCCGUCGGAGGAAUUUACGCAUCUUUUGAAUCAGUUCAUCACCAGCAUGACCUCUGAUGAGGCUGCUAGCAAUUCCGCGUCCCAAAACGAAAAUGUGUCGCAGACUACGAGCAGCCAGGACGUUGUUACUCCUAAGAAAUCGACACCUGCGGAAACGGAGUCGCGAAAUAAGAUAAAAACGCCAGAAAAAAUUGGCAACUCUUCGGAACCAGUGUCCUUGGCAGAGGAAAAUCGAAGACUCAGAGAAGCUAGACAGUGUAAAAUUUGCAUGGACCGAGAGGUUGCGGUGGUUUUCCUGCCAUGUGGUCACCUAUCCACGUGCGUCUUUUGCGCUCCGUCACUCACGCACUGUCCCAUGUGCAGACACGAAAUUAGAGCGAACGUUCGUACGUUUUUAGCUUAAGUUAGCUGAAAUUAAUGUUUAAUUAUUCAAAAAAAAAAGAGUAAAUAUAUUGCAUGGAUGGUAUAUACAAGUGGCUGAACAGGUUUCCCUUGACAUAUUGACUGAUGAAAAGUUGUGACAAAAUUUUCUGGACAAUCGCUACUUUUUUUUAUAGUAUUUUCUCUACCCGUGUGCCACUUGAGUGAUUUUUAUGGGCACCUCUACCACCUCUGUGUAAAGGAUGUUUAUCUAAAUCCCAACUUCUAAAAACCACUUAUUACUCCAUCUUUGCUUACCCAACUAAUUAACCCAUGACUCCGGACCCAACUUCGCCCUCUGCCCUUUCUCCAUCUACCCUAAUAAUUUCCUAGCUAAUCUCGCACCUACCUAGAACACCUACGGAAACUUUACCUCCGGGCCACCCUGUGGUGCAGAACCCUUUUGUGAGACUAAAUAACAAAUUCUAGCGGGAAACAACUCUAAAAAAAACUGUAAUUCCCGUGUUCUAUUUCUUGACACUUACUAAUAAUUAAGUAAAUCUGGAAGAUAACAAUUUGCUCCAAAAUAUUACAUACAGGUGAAUUAAACGGUUGCGGUUUGCACGAUCAUUUUUUCCUAAAUUUCAGAUGAAUGGAUUCAAACCAAAAAUAUAAUUGGAAUUUCAUUACAUUUUAGGGUAAAAACAUUAUUUUUACCAUUACAAACAACCAACGUGAAUCUAGCAAUACGAUGCAUGAAUGUUUUUCAUUUGGAAGUCCUAUGGUGUACACAUGACUUAUAUGGAUUAUAUUUUGUGGAAUAAUGUUUAUGUUUCCACAUCAGAGCACUGAAAAUGUCAAUCAGUGCCAAAUUUUCAUUUUAGAACUUUAAACAUAAAGUAAUGACCAAUAACCAAGGCAUUAUUAUACAAUGAAAAACUCUUGUCAAACAGUCCGAGUAAAUCGUGACUACACGUCAGUGUACAUAUAUAUUUAUCGAAUAUUUGAAAAAGAACACUUUGCGUUAUUUUGAAUUUUCGUUAUUCACUCUUAGAUUUAAGCUUGGUUAACCAAAUAUAGCAUAAAUAAUUAUUGAUUGACUCUGAAUAAUUGAAAAUUGUUACGAUUUCAGGAAUCGUGACUUAAAUGUAUACAAAAAAGAAAAAAAGAAAAAAAACCUUAGAUGUGCACAAUUUUGCUAGUCUUCAAAAUUUAAAAAUAUUAAAAGUGUUCUUUAAAUUUAGUAAUAGUAAAUAAAGAGUUUACAACAAGCUAGUACAAAUCGUAGUAAUGAGAUUACUCAAAUUGUAUAAAAAAAAAUCACGAUUAAGCAUGUAUCGUAAUGUUAAAAAUGUACUACCAAUGAGUUGCUUACUAUUUUUAAUUAAGGAGCUCAUGUAGGUACAUGUAACUAAAUUCGUUAAAGUUGAUGAUAAUUUCAGUGAGAUAACAAAUUUUUCUAUGCAAUGUAUCUAUCUUUGUUGCACUGCAGACAAAGGCAAACGAGAUAACUUGAUAUGAAAAUUAAAUCUAGACAUCACCUGACAAUAUGUUUCAAGUAUUUGCAAAUGGAACAUUCUAUAAGGCAUAAUGUUAAUAAAAUAAAUUAAGAUUAACAAUUGUAUUGUUUCUGCGAUUGAAAAUAACAGUUGAUCUUAGGAUGUUGCGAUCAUUUGUUAUUAAUUUUUAUUUUGCAGUAAGUAUACGCAAAUUAAUAUAUUUUCUAUGUCCACGAUGUAUGAAAAUAUUUUUCCUGACUCGUUAUAAUAUACGUCGUCUGUAAAAAAGAAAAAAAAAAAGAAAGAAAAAAAAAAAAAAAUGAAGAAAAAAAACUUGAACUACUGUUCAAAGGUAAUAUUUUCUUUUAAGUAAAAGAGUACAAAUAAUACUAUAGUAAUUCAAGCUACAUCGUGUUGUACAAAUUGUAUUCCAUGCUUAAAUCCAUAGUUAUUUAUAAAUAAACACAUAAGUAGACGGUGAAAAAUAUAAGGCAUAAAAAUGAACGUACUAUUGAUACACACGAUACACACGAGUACUUGAGUGUUCCUCUGCAACUCAAUAUUGAAGUAUGAUGCUGUGCGCUAACACGCUUAUAAAAUAAUAAUAAUCGUGAUACGAAAUGUGACUUUACGACGCUUAAGAAUCCUAUGGUAGAUAUUCGCUUGUAUUGUUAGCAACGUAGUGCGCAAAAAUUUGGCGCGACGCAUAAGUAUGUGACACGAAUUUCAUUAUUUUUACAAAGUGCACGGUAUUUCCUUUAUUGAACUGUCACGUGGUGAGGUAACGUUGUUAUAGAUAUUGUGUUUCUAUAUUAGGGUAUAGGUGUAAUAUGACAAAGAUAUAAUGUGCAGUAGUGUGUUGGUUGCGUACACAUAAAUAUAUGAACAUUGAAAUUCAGAUAUAUCGACUUUAAAAAACUUGAGCAUUAUUUAUUUUUGCAAGGCUGUUGGUCGCGUACACGCAUGGAUGUUACAUGAGAAUAUAACUUGGUCACUUGGAAAAAAAAAA